CGAAGGAUGCCGCGGGUCCAGUGUUGAGCAGCGUUCGUGACGUAACCCCAAUCAGCUGUUCGACCAGGAGACUUUGGAAAUUACGAGAUGCGAGUACCCAGUGCCCUGUUCGCCGCCCGUGGCCGAGCGCCGCAAAGCGAGAAGGACGUGCCCUUCCAGGAAAUUCUACCGCUCCGUUUAAAGAACACCGUGAGUGGGAAGGCCGACUCAGGAAAUGAUGUGGCCUGCCUCCAGGAGAUGGGCGUCCUUUUUGCUUGCCUGAAGGACAACGAGUUCGUGGAGAAGUACUGCCACAAAGAGAUCAGCCAGUUUCAAAACUGCUACAAGUGCUACAUGGACCGCAAGUUCGAGGCCAAGAAGACCGUGAAUCAGGGCAUUGUGCAACCCGGAAGCAACCUCAACUACAAACAGCUUAACAAGUAUAUGCGCCGCUACCCAAAUCCCCUCUAGCUUAGAGAUUGAGUCGUUUAAUAAUACACUAUUUACAAAGUAA